AUGUCUAUGUUCCUCAACCCGUUCAAUGCCCAAGAGGUUGAUGAGCGGAAGCUGGAGCUCGCGCAGGUGCAGUUCGAUGCGAUGAGUACGUCCUUCAACAUGAUGCUUCGAGGAUGCCUUGAGAAAUGCAUUCCACACGAGUACGGCGAGGCUGAUCUGAAUAAGGGCGAGAUGAGCUGUGUGGACAGGUGCAUAGCCAAGAUUCACUAUGCGAACCGUCUGGUCGGGGGCCUGACUCAGGCGCGAAACGUGGGGCCGGACCACCUGCGCCAUUACGAGCAUUUCAAAGAGAGUAAAUGA